UUUUUUUUUUUACUUUUUGUGCGGAUAUAAAUCUUGUUUGCGUCAAUAACUAGAUUUGGUGCAUAACUUUUUUCUUUUCAUAUAAUAGAGAUGAAAAUAAGUAAUGAAAAGCUAAAAUAUAAUUCAUUUAGCGGAACAUGUGCUUUAAUGGUAUGACAAAAGGAUUUUCGAAAAAAGCAAAAGCACAUGGUAAAAAAUGUAGUGGCUUGGGCACCAAAAAAAAACAUAUUGUCCCAUAAAUUAGUUGGGGUGUGUUCGUGUCUCAUUGUGGUUGGAAUUCGUUGUUCGAGAUUAUUGUCGGGGGAGUGCCUAUGAUUUGUAGGCUAUUUUUUGGUGGGGAUAUUUGUAGCAAAACCUUCUUAACAUUUACAAUUGUUACACAUAUGACCUUAAUAAAAAAAAUGACAACAAAAAUAUCUUAUCUUACGAUUUUGUUGCAGUGGUGUAUUUUUUGGUCAUCAAGUAUCAACUCAGAAACACGUAAACUAAAAAAAUAUGUCACCGCGUAUUUCCGAACUGACACUUAAUGGGCUUAAUUAACAAAAAAAUUGUAUGAUUACAACAAAAUCGUAAAAUAAGUAGUUUUGCUGCUACUUUUUUUAUUAGAGUUAUAUGUGUAAUAAUUAUAAAUGUUAAAAGAGUUUAAGCGCAAAUAUCUAUUUUUUAGUGACUAUAGGCUGAAUAGUGAAUAGGAGGAUGAUAAAGGAUGUGUGGGAAUUUGGGAUAAAAAAUGAGGUUGGAGUACUCACAAAAUAAGGAAUGGAAUGUUGUUUGGAUGUGGUCUUCAGUCAAGAAAGAAAAUGUGAGAAAAUAUCCAAGUAGUGAAAGUGUUUGCAACAAAGAAUUUUAAGGAGUUUCUCCACUUGAUAAAUAGCCAUAGUUCUGCGUAGUGCAACACAAUUAAGGUUAAUAGAAUUUUGGAAAAUUAUACAAUGUACAAUUUAAAAAGGGUGUACGGAUGUAUUUCUAUUUAUUUUUUGUAUUCGAAAUAAUUUUUUUGGUCAAUUUUUUUUGUUAUUAUUAUGUAUAUUAUAAUUAUUUAAGAUAUUCUACAAAAUUUUGAAAAAUCAGAAAAAUAUAACAUGCCGAAAAUAAGAUCCAAACACUGUGUUGCACGUGUGAUGACUAUUUUAUUUUAUAUGCGUGUGAAAUAGAAAUAGAUUGUUUGAACACUUUUUUCUAUAUUGUAAAUUAUUUUAAUUUUUUCAAAAAUUUAUAAAAUAUCUUAAAUAAUUAUAACGUACACGAGUAUGAAAAAAAUAUAUUAAAAAAUUAUUUUAGAUGCUAAAAUAGGCAAAAGGUGUAUCAAUACAUCUUUUUUAAGGGGUGCAUCGUAUAAACAUCCUAAAACUUAUUUUGCAUUAUAAAAGUAAUUUUUGAAGAAAAAAAAAUUAAAAAGAAAUUGUUAAAAAACAUUAUUGAAUGUUGGUACCUAACACCAUUCUGCUAUUAGUAUAAUUAAGUAUCGGGUCUCAUAUAACUUAAGAAAAUAGAAAAAAUAUUGAUAACUAAUCAUAAGGCGCCACUUAUAGAAAGUAUUGAACACCACUAGUACCCAAUAACAAUACUUGUUAAAAAAUGAGUCAGUUCACUAUCCAACGCCCAACCACCAUUACUAUUUAUAUAUUGUGAGGAAUGGAGGAUGGGAAGUAAUCACGUGCGGUGAUCAUCAUAGUUGAAACAUUAAUAAUCCAAUGAUGAAAGUUUGGUAAAGGAACAAAGUCAUCUUCAUUCUUCACCACACAAAUCAAACAUACAUAAUAAAUACAUUUAAUGUUGGUAAGUAUAGCCAAGUAUUUCCCCACCCACCUACAAAAAAUAUGUAAUUAUCCAUGUUAAUUAACUUAUACCAAAAAUGAUAUAACAUAUUUAAGUGAUGUCGGGUAUCAUUAGUGUGGUAUUUUUCACUAUAAAAAAUCUUACUUUUAGUCCUAACUAAAAGUUUAUUAAAAAAAAAUUAUGACUAAAUAACAAAGUUUCUGAUAUUAGCACUAAAAGAUCCGUGACUAAAAAUAUUAAUUAACAAAAUACAAUUUACUCUGAUUAAAUAUGUUUUUAGUCACAAUAUUAAUUGUAACUAAAAUUAAAUUAAUGACAAUUUGUAUCUAAAUAUUAUGUUUUACUUAUAAAUAACUUUUUGCUAUAGCUAAAAGUCAAAUUUAAUCACAAAAAAUUUAUAUUUUUGACUAAAAUAUUAUUACUAAAAAUAGUUCUUUUUAGUGCUUGAAAUAAAAAUGUCCAUAAAUAUUGCUAACCCCCAUUCCUAGCUACCAAGAGGAUUACUAUAAUCUUAGUACUACACUUAUUAUAUAAAUAUACAUAUAUAUUGUGCUAUAUAUAUCUACAAAACUACAUUAUUUUGAUACAAUAUAAGUUAGUAGAUACAACAAUGGUUGCAGCAAUAGAGUCUCAUGUGGGUGUAGUAGCAUUCCCCUUCGGCACACACGCUGCACCGCUCCUCGCCAUUAUCCGUCGCUUGGCUGCAGCCUCGGCCCCUAACACUAUUUUCUCUUUUUUCAACACUUCUCAAUCUAAUCACACUAUUUUCACUACCACAAACACCACUACUAAUGGUAGUGGCGGUGAUUGUGGUAGCGAAUUGAAUAUCAAGCCAUAUGAGGUAUGGCAUGGUGUCCCUGAGGGACACAUCUUCACUAGAGGGCAUCAGGAGCCCAUUGAGCUCUUCAUGAAAGCUGCGCCUCAGAGCUUGAGGCGCAGCAUUGAUAAGGCCGUGGCCGAGAUUGGGAAGGAGGUGACUUGUUUGGUCACUGAUGCUUUCUUUUGGUUUGGUGGUGAUUUGGCUCAUGAGAUGGGUGUGUCUUGGGUGCCAUUUUGGACUGCUGGGCCUUGUGCACUCUCUGCUCAUCUUUACACUGAUCUUAUUAGGCAUCAAGUUGGUAAUGGAAACAAAAGCCUUAGUUUCAUACAAGGAAUGUCAAAGAUACAAAUCCAAGAUUUGCCUGAAGGAGUAGUGUUUGGAGAUUUGGAAUCCCACUUCUCAACUAUGCUACAUCAAAUGGGGUUGAUGUUACCAAGAGCAACCGCAAUUUUCAUAAACUCCUUUGAAGAGUUAGACAAGACCUUUACUAAUGACUUGAAGUCCAAAUUCAAAAAGUUCCUCAAUGUUGGGCCAUUCAACUUAGUGUCCCCGACGCCCCAACCUGCUCAAGAUGAGAGUGGUUGUCUAUCGUGGCUUGACAAGCAAGAAGUUGCGUCGGUUGUGUACAUUAGUUUUGGGUCAGUGGCGGUGCCACCGAAAGAAGAACUUGUGGCUAUAGCUGAAGCCUUGGAAAGUAGUGGUGUUCCAUUCAUAUGGUCACUUAAGGACAAUGCAAAAGCAAAUUUACCAAAAGGGUUUUUGGAGAAAGCGAAAACACAAGGAAAAGUUGUUGCUUGGGCACCACAAAAGAACAUAUUGUCCCAUAAAUCAGUUGGGGUGUUCGUGUCUCAUUGUGGUUGGAACUCGUUGUUGGAGAGUAUCGUUGGUGGAGUGCCUAUGAUUUGUAGGCCUUUUUUCGGUGACCAAAGGUUGAAUGGGAGGAUGGUAGAGGAUGUGUGGGAAUUUGGGAUCAAAAUUGAGGGUGGAGUGUUCACAAAACAAGGAAUGAAAGUUUGUUUGGAUGUGGUCUUAUGUCAAGAAAAAGGUAAGAAAAUGAGAGAGAAUAUACAAGUACUAAAAGAGGUUGCAAUAGAAGCUGUUGGCAUAGGAGGAAGUAGUACAAAGAACUUCAAAGAGCUACUCCACUUGAUAAAUAGCCAUAGUGUUGCUUAGUUAGUGCAAUCAAUGUUAAAUAGAAUUUAUUUUGGAUAAUGAGAAAGAAUGUUAAAUGUUUUUAUGCAUUGAUAUCUUAAAACUUUCUAAGGAGUGUCACUUUACAAUCUGCCCUUAAAUAAACAUAUCAUUAUUGUGGCCGA